GGAUGAAAUUGUUUACAUCAAAGAGGACAUAUUUGAGAUCCAAACCAUGCAUGACUGUUGUGGUGUGGAUGAGGUGAUGACCAGCAGGGCAAGAGCCAAGAACAGGACAGCUUUCCCAGAAGGCCCCACCAUUCAACUGGAGUCAGAGCCUUAUGCAUACCAAAUAGUGGCCUACAAAACUGUAUUGAAUAUCUGGGCAAAAGAGUAUGUGGAUGAGGAGGUGGAGAGAAGGAAGCUUGACAAGAAGUCAGUUCUGCUGAGAGGGAUGAGACUGCAGAAACAUCUCAAGGAACAAUUUAUUUGUGACCCUGCCCUGAUCAUGUCAAGGGACCUGAGACUGGAAGUGCAAAGAGCUGAGCAUUUGUUGGGGGUUGAGUUGGAUAGAGUGAGAACCUUGGAGAGAAACAUACCAAAAAUUGUAGAACUUGGAAGGAGAUUAGUUUGUUCCUGGCAAAAGAAAAAGUACCUUCAAGAAGUCAUCCAAGUGUUAUCUGGCCACCUGAGAGCCUCACCAGAUGGAGACACUGCCAUCACUCACAUGCUUGAGCUCAUGGAACCAUCCACAGACUCCUAUGACUUCCUCAGGCUCUUCUAUUCUAACCUUGAUGGUACUUCCAUAACUGAAACUAAUCCUGCUAUGGAACCCACUUUUGAGCCUCAGCUGGGCCAUGGGGUCAACUUCUGUGAGGCCAAAAAGCUCAUCCACUUCAUGAAAUACAGGCACUUGCAUCCCUGGUUCAAGUUCCCAAAGAAAAAUAAACUAGGUGGUGCUGGUCUGGAUGUAAAUGACCAUGGAUUCAAAGACUUUAUGAAGGAUGACAGGUUCAAUUUCGAACACAUGAUCCCACAACAGCAAAGAGGGGUUGAAAUGGGCGCAAGGCGUUUCCGCGUCACGUGGGACAGGCGCGCAAAGACGGCUUUGUACAAGGCGAUGGCGCUCUGCGACUCAAUACGGAGUCUGGAGCACAACAUGCAAUUGGACUACAAAGCACCCCGUACCGUCGGCGACCUUUUCCCGCAUGUGGCUUUUGUACAGCGCCUGGAUAUCGACGAAGCACUGGUGUCCAAACCGCCUACAGUAGAAAAGUAUGGGAUCCCUGAAGUGUCAACUCGGUCUCCGAAUUUCAAUUGAGAAAUAUGGCGUAUUUUUUAUUUAUUUUUCAAUCCGUCUCAAGAUAUUAUUGUUGUACUGCACAUGUUUGUUUCUCUCUCUCUUUUUUCUAUUUUUUUUUCUCUUCUCUCCUCCCUCCUCUGGCAAUAAAUGCACGAUUUAGUUUUCCACGGUUAUAUACAAGAAGAA